AUGGCAGCUCAAUCGGCAUCUCCCUCUCCAUCUCCAAACGCUAUUAUCAGGUCGGUGGACAAUGAACAGGGUGAUCUGCAAGAUGCCGUCCGCAACGCCGUGGAUGGAGCCUACCUCGGUUGGCCCAACGAAGCUGGGUUUGCCAACCUCGAAGAGCAUCGCGGCCCAAUUGAACUCCCAGUCCGAGGCCACAUCCCCUCUUGGGCCGCGGGCUCCCUCUUUCGGACCGGACCUGGGGCCAACACAGUCGAUAAUACCCCCAGGGGAACGCUUCACAUCUCUCACUGGUUUGAUGGCCUAGCACACACCCAUCGUUUCGAUAUCAUCGCUGGAAAGGACGGCGGUGGCACUCAGGUUUGGUAUUCGUCCCGGCGGCAGUGCGACGACUUCAUCGAACAUGCACAGAAGAAUGGAGUUCGUGACAUCAUCACCUUCGGGCAGCGUGCUGAUCCCUGCAUUGGCCUGUUUGGCAAGAUAAUGAGCGCCUGGAUGGUCGCAAAUACGAGGAGGGAGACAAAGAAGGUGGAGAAUAUCGCCGUGACUGUGCAGCUAGACGUGCCUGGUCUCCAGUCGGCGGCUCAGGGUGGCGCUCUGCCGCAGAAGACGGUGUGGCUUGGCACGGACUGCCACCUCCUACGAGAAGUAGACAGGCACACCCUUGAGCCCAUCGGAUUUGCCAGGCAAGAUGGUCUACAUCCAGAACUUGAUGGAGAGCUCUCCUGCGCCCAUGUCCAGCGCUGUCCAACAACUGGCGACUACAUCAAUGUCAACAUCAAGGCAGGCCUCCCAGCCACCUACAAAGUCUUUCGAGUGUCCGCAGCCACCGGUGAGACCGAGAUACUUGCCACCAUCAGUCGAUUAGACAUACCGAUGGCAUACAUCCACAGUUUCUUCCUAAGCCAGCAUUUUGUUGUGCUGCGCGUGCCGAGCUCUCACUUUUCUCUCGACGGACUUGGCAUCCUGUGGAAGAGGAACCUGCUGGACGCCAUGAAACCUUUCAAUCCGAGUAGGAAGAACAAAUGGUUCAUCGUUGACAGAUUGCGAGGACGAGGAGUGGUGGCUGAGUUCGAAACGGAGGCCGCAUUCUUUUUCCACACAGUGAACUGCUUUGACAAGAUGUACCUCGACGCAAAAGACGAUGUGGAAAAGUGGAGCAUCACCUGCGAUACGAUCGAGUACCCCAACAUGAACAUCCUAACGGGGCUUUAUUACGACGUUGUGUUGAACCAAGAUGGCAAGGCGAGGACUGCUUGGGGAACAGAAGAGCAGGCCAGAGACACGCUACCGCGGCUCACGAGAUGGAAGUUCACUCUUCCCUUGCACCAUCACAUUCCAUCCCAGAGCCCGCGGUCACUCGUAUCCAAGUUUCACGAUCGAUUGAAGGUAAUGGCUGAUGAGGUCUGCAGGAGGGGCGAGGAGCUGGGCCAAAAGAUUCGUCAGAAGGCAGACACGGUCAUCGCGGUACUCGGGGGCUUACCAGCAAUGGCGCUCUCUGUCUUGAGACCCCGACUGGCCAUUCAGCAUGUCCCAAUGGAAGAAGGAUUGCAGGAAAGGAGGAAUGACGAACGGAUCUUUGAGGCCCAGGCAAGCACUCUAAAGCCUGCAUACUCGAUCUUCACCCCCGAGUCGACAUCGACUAUCGGCAUUCCCAGUCCACAUGUAGGCGAGUUACCGACCAUCAACCCAGCCUACCACACGAGGCCAUACCGUUACGUGUACUCUUUGGCGAUGAGCGGAAGGUCCACGCUUGUGGACACGAUAGUGAAGACAAACCUGGUCUCACGAGCUGUGCUGCAGUGGAACAACCCGCCGGGGCACACACCAGGGGAGGCGAUCUUCGUGCAGCGGCCAGGCGCAGUAAAGGAGGAUGAUGGAGUCUUGCUGAGCGUGGUGCUGGAUGGUUUCUGCAGGAACAGCUAUCUCUUGUGCCUGGAUGCCCGGACAAUGUGUGAGGUGGGCAGGGCCGAGAUGGACUUCGCGGUUGGAUUCGGAUUCCAUGGCGUGCACGACCCGAACUUACCGGUCGCCACCACGUCCGAGGAGUCGUCCGACCAGGGUGACAAGACGUGA